AUGUUUGCGCUGGUUGUUAGCAUUGAGUGGCAGCAGUCGGGAUGGGCACUUGUUGUUGUUCACUGGUAUGAAAACCGGCCGGUCGGAAAGUCCCAGAAGGUGAACUGUGUGCGGUUUGUUCGGAUCUCGCCACUGGCUAUCAUUAUGGUGUGGCGAGCUGUAAUGGAUGUAAGACAUUUUUCCGUCGUACGAUUGUGUCAGAACAUACCUUUGUAUGUCAGUAUCAAGGAAACUGCGAUGUUAACAAAAACAUUCGCUGUGCCUGUCGGCAUUGUCGUUUCAACAAAUGUGUUGCUGUGGGAAUGGAUGCGAAAGCAAUUCAAAAUGAUCGCGAUCGAAUCGGGCCAACCAAGAAAAUGA